AUGGAUCCUGCCGCUCGACAGAGUCAUCAUUUUCAAAUCUUUCAUCAGAUCCAAGUGCCUGAGUUUGAGGGUGGACAAGAUCCCAUGGUAGCUGAAAGGUGGUUGAGGCAGAUAAAGAAAAAUUUCAACACAAUAGGAACACCUGAGGAAUAUGAAGUUACUUUUGUUGUGUCCAAGUUAGAGGGUGGUGUAGCAAAUUGGUGGGAGACCUUGCCCAGGACAAUGGAAACUGAUGGGAUGACCUGGCAAAAUUUUGACGAAGUUUUCAGGGAACAAUAUUUUAGUCCAUCUCACAGGAGGGUUCUUAUUGGAGUAUUGGAUGGUUUAAGACAAGGGGAUAUGACUUUGAAUGAAUUUUACAUGAAGUUUGUAGAGCUAUCCUCUUAUGCAUAUCCUAUUGUUGUUGACCAACCUUUGGUGAUUGAACAGUUCAUGCGUCGUUUAAGGCCUGCGAUACGUGGCCCAAUAUCCCCUUUGACCUUUAACAACCGGACUGAGUGUGUGACAGCAGUCUUGCGAACUAAGGCUCAUGUAGAAAUGAGAAGAAGAACACAAGCAGAGGAAAAGAAAAUGACCGAAAGAUGA